ACCUGAACUUAAGACAUAAAUGUAAAACUAGGAAACGGUAUAUCAAUUGAAGGGGUUGUUAAGCCUGUGCUCUGCUCUGCAGGUGCCAUUUGACCGAUAUCUCAUGACGUCACCUGUACACUACCUUGACCGUUUCUAAAAGGCUAUGAGCGCAGAUCCGGGAGUUGAACAAGUUGAACUGCUGAGCAGUCUUGUUUUUACAGAAAAAACAACCGUGUAAAUACGUUGAUAGCUACACGUUUUAUCUAUAGGAAAUUAUAUUUUAUUUUCAGUUUUGAGUCUUUCGCAGAAGGGGAGAGAGAAAGUGGGGAACGUUUUCUUUUCGUACUCUUUGUAGCCAUACAACCACUUGUCGAACUAUUGGGAAUAUCUAUGGUGGAGUUUACAGCCUAUUCAUACUGCUACCCCGGAGGGAACAGGGAGCCUCGAGAGUAAUCGCUGAGAUUGUAACUUGAUUUGACAAGCAGUCGUACACCUGUUGCAAAAGAGAGGCUGGGGAUAAGCCUGGGUGGCAAGUUGACCAUCACAGGAGCUGUGAAGCAGGGCCACUCUGAACUUCAGCUACCUCUUUUCAUUUUCUACUUUUGAGCGAGAAAACAUGACUGAGAAAAAGAAUGGAGGCACGGGGGUGACCUUCCUGACCCCAUGUCGUGUGGCGGGCGUGUGUCUGACCGUGGUGCUACUUGGGGGGAUUGGAGCUGCUGUCUGGGCUGUAGUAACAUUUUGUAUCAGAGAAGAAGACACAGGAUUAUAUGAUGUUCAGGUGAACUCCAAUCCAAGCUCGGACCUACGUCUCCGGGUGUUUGACCCGGCCGAGCGACGGUGGAGACACCUCUGUUCCUCAGAGGCCAACCAGCUCCUGGCCAACAUCAGUUGUGAGGAGAUGGGCUUUGUCAGCGUGGUGAAUUACUCCGUGUCCAGUAUCCCUGAAGGCAGUAACGACCGUGAGGAGUUCUUCUGUGUCAAAGAGAAGGAGCUGACCUAUGGAAAGAAGAUCAAAGAGUCUCUAUAUCCCUGUGACUGUGAAACUGGCCAGGUCCUAAGUCUCCUUUGUCAAGACUGUGGCAGGCGUAGUCUGACAGAGGACCGUAUAGUGGGUGGUGUAGAUGCUAGGCAGGGUAGCUGGCCGUGGCAGGUCAGUUUGCAGUAUGACGGGGUGCACCAGUGUGGAGGCUCCAUCAUCUCAGACCGCUGGAUCGUCAGCGCAGCCCACUGCUUCCCAGAGAGGAACCGUCAGGUGUCUCGAUGGAGGGUGCUACUGGGCUCCAUCUACAACAAGCUCACCCAUAAGAAUGUUAGAGUUCUUGAGGUAAAGACUGUGGUGUACCACAGCAGCUACCUGCCCUUUGUAGACCCCAACAUAGAUGACAACAGCAGAGACAUCGCUGUCCUGGCUCUGGCCCAGCCUCUGCACUUCACAGACUACAUCCAGCCGGUGUGUUUACCCCACUACGGCCAGCGCCUGAUUGACGGCCAGAUGGGGACAGUGACAGGCUGGGGAAAUGUAGGUUACUAUGGGACUCUUGCUGACGUUCUUCAGGAGGCUAACGUGCCGAUCAUCAACGACGCUGUCUGUAACGCCCCUGAUUACUAUGACAACCAGAUUACCACCAGCAUGUUCUGUGCUGGCUUUGAGAAGGGUGGUACCGAUGCCUGUCAGGGGGACAGCGGGGGCCCGUUUGUGGCUGAGGACUCCCUGUCCAAGGCCAGCCGCUACCGCCUGCUGGGGGUGGUGAGCUGGGGAACAGGCUGUGCCAUGGCCAAGAAGCCUGGCGUCUACACCAGAGUGUCCCGCUUCCUACCCUGGAUCUCCUCAGCCAUGAGGACGUAUCACAAUUCACCAGGAGUGCACAAAAUGGCGCGUACAUGGGAGCACUGACCUUUAAGGGAUCAGAAAUGACCAAAAUAUUAUCCAUUCGGACUUCCUGCACUUCACCUGUCCAAAAACCCAUCCUUUAGGGGAACCUUGUGCAGAAAUUGGAUAUAUAGGUAAAUUCAGCUAGAUUACCUGAGGAAACCCUUGAAAUGGUAGCUUGACCAAAGAAUAAUCAGUAGGUUUUUGGUCUUGUGAAAUGAGAAAGCAUCAAAUGAAAAGACUUAUGAGCCUUGCAUGACAAAGUCAUAGAAAAGCACCACUCUGCCAGCCAAUGUGCAGGUUGUACUGUCAUGGGGAUUAUGUGUAUGUCAUCAAAGGGUUCAUUUUUGUAUUCAGAGUUUUCUUACAGUUUGACUCUUUUCAGGUGCAACCAACUUAUGAUACACAUCAAGUCUGUGUAUCAAAAUGUAACGCUCAAACAGAUGUUACAGUUUUUUUCGAUUGCUAAACGACAGUGGGCACAACUGGAGUCACAUGUGCAAAACUCUAACUACAGUCUGCACUACCAACAGUCACCUGAGCUAAACAGUUCACAUCACCUGCAAAACUCAUUCCAAGCAACACAACUCUUAACACAUGGCUCAAAACACGCUCAGUGCAGCCAAACACUAUGCACAACCCUCACUGAGAUAACACACACUGUCACUCAGAACACACUUGAGAGUAAAAACACUAGCAUCAAACACCAAUACAGAAAAUACAAACUUUUCAUCUUUACAGUUUGAACAAUUUCAUUGACUUCAUACAAAGUAAUAUUUUCUUCAAAGAAAAGAGUGACAUUCUUUCACAUGAUUUAUUAAAAUUUUUAGAACAUAACAAUUCUUUAAGGUAAAUGAAAAUUAGCAGUUUGCUUCAAUAGUCUGUAGUAAUUUACGGAAUUACAGUAAUGAGAAAAAAAAGGUAGAAACUAAAAGUACAUACUGUAAUUCGAACAAAUAAUUGAGGGGCUAAUCCUGCCUCUCUCUAGCAUCAGGCCACAGGUUUUCUUCAACAUCACAUCUAAUGUUUUCUCUUGCCAUGCACCUGGGGAAGAACCUUCUGGAGUGCCUUAUCCAUCCCUGGCAGUCCUCUGGACUCGUGUCCUCACAUCCGGCACGCAUGGCUUCCAAAAGAGACAUUUGGUCAUGUGGGUGGUGACCAAACACUUUCCACCUCCAGGCAGAGAAAAACUCCUCUAUUGGGUUGAGGAAGGGUGAAUAUGCAGGCAGGUACAAAACCAUAAAUCUGUGAUGUGCUGCAAACCAAUCUGUGACAGCUGCAGAGUGGUGAAAAGCAACGUUAUCGCAAACUAUGAGAAAAACUUGGGGGUUUCUUACUGGCUCCCCCUGUUCUGCUGGCACUAGCUGAGCAUAGAGCUGUUCUAGGAAAGCUAUAAGCCUUUCUGUGUUGUAUGGGCCAAUGAGUGGUGUGUUGAGAAGCAAACCAUCAUUGGCCAUUGCAGCACACAUGGUGAUAUUUCCCACCCUUUGGCCUGGAACCUCCACAGUGGCCCUUUGACCUAUAACAUUCCUUCCUCUGCGCCGUGUUUUGGCAAGGUUAAAUCCAGCUUCAUCGAUAAAUACAAAUGAAUGUGGUCUUUCCAGUGCUUCCACCUCCAUUACUCUCUGAAAAACAGUAAGUGCACAGUUUUACUGUAGAAAUGCUAGUGUUUUUUUUUACUGUAAAUAUUUUGUAUAGCUGUGUACGUAACCUCAGACGUCUUAUUGGUAUCUUUGCUCUUUUACCCGUUCACUGUUUCUCUCGAACGGUACAGUGUAUAACUGUUUCAUUGUAACUUGGUGUUUCUUUAGGACUCGAGCAAUAGUUGUUGUGCUGACAGAAUUAACAUUUUCAAAUAUAUCAUUAUCAGCCAGCACUCUAUCUUGAAUCUCCCGCAGUUUUAUUGCUUUGUUGACAACAACCAUGUCAACAAUAGCAUUUUCCUGCGCAUCUGAAAAUAUUUUUCCUCUUCCCCCUGUUGGGGGCAGCCUUUGGGUCCUGUUGUAAAAAUAUAUUUUACAGUCAAACUUACUGUAAUAUAUAUCUGUGUAAAUAUUCUAUAAUUGCAAUACAAAAUAGAUUCCUGUAAUGUUUUCAUUUACUGUAAGGAUGUAACUCUCACCUGUUUGUAUGAUGGAAAAUUUGCAUUACAGAUGCCACUGUGGAUCUUUGCAGAUUGGGUUGCACCCUCAACCCUGCCUCUCUCAAUGAGAGACCAUGGUUCACGACAUGGUCUAUAAGUGUAGCCCUUAUUUCAUCUGAAAUAACAGCUCUUUGUCUUCUUUGUCUUCCUCCACGCAUCCGCCCUCUCCCUGCCACCCUUCUCCCUCCACGAACCCAUCUUCCUUGUUCCAUUUCCAAAAUGAGUCUUUCUGAGCUCUACCUAUAUAUACUGUAAUAUGUGUGUGUGUUCAUUAACAAGUCUAAAACAAGACACCUGCUUAGCCUUUCAGCUGUAAUUGCAAUCAGCAGUGUUUGAAAGGCACAAGGCUGAAAUCUAUUCCGUUUUGAAUGUGUGGUUCACAGUUUUGACAGCAGUGUGUUAGCAUUUGAAUCCACAGUGUUGUGCAGGUUGUGGUUAAAACUUGUUCACGCUACAGGUUCCCCAAGGGGAACCACGCCCCCCCCCGCUCAACUCAAACCGUGGCGCACAGAAUGCAAAAAUAUUCUUAGAAAUAUUUAACCUCCACACAUUAACAAGUCCAAUAGCACAAAUGAAAGAUAAACACCUUGUUCAUCUACCCAGCGAGUCAGAUUUCUAAAAUGUUUUACGGCGAAAACAUAGCACAUAUUUAUGUCAAACCACCACAGACACACAGACGAUAUGCAGCCAUUUUGUCAAGCAAAAGAUGCCAUCACAAACGCAGGAUUAAAAGAAAAAUAAUUCACUAACCUUUUGGAAAUCUUCAUCAGAUGACAGUAAUAGGACAUGUUACACAGUACAUUCAUGUUUUUUCAAUAAUAUGCCAUUUAUAUCCAUAAAUCUCCGUUUACAUUGAGCCAUGUUAAAAAAAAUGCUACAGAAAUGUACGGAGAAAUUAUAGAUAGCUCCGCCAGAUAACGCCAGAUAACAGCAAUACACAUCAUACAUUUUGACUAAAUAUACAUGUUCUACAUAUAGUUAGAAAGAUACACUGCUUCUUAAUGCAACCGCUGUGUUACAUUUAUUUUUAACGUUACAGAAUUCGUUCACUGGGCAAUAAUCUGAGGCGGCGCUCAGACAUAAGCAAUAUUUCUGCGCUAUGUUGGUGUCAACAGAAAUACAAAAUUACAACAUAAAUAUUCCCUUACCUUUGAUGGUCUUCGAUCAGAAUGUAGUGGAAUGAGUCAUACUUACCCAAUACAUCGUUUGGUCUCAGGUUGUGUGUCUUUGUAUUAGCAUAUGCUAACAGCUUCAGCUGAAAUGCACCCAAAAUGACUUCUGGUCCCGCACAGUUGCGCAUCAAAACUUCAAAAUUACAUAUUAUAUGUCGACUAAACUGGUCAAACUAAGUGCAGAAUCAAGCUUUAGGAUGUUAUUAACGUACAAAACAAUUUGCGAUUCAACCGAAAGAACGCAACUCUUCUCAGACGAGAUGGAACAAAGAAUGCCCUGUGUACAAUUGCGCCAGAACGCGCAGCUAUAUUCUCGUGACACUUCAGUAUUUUGCCCGCCAACGGGCCAAAGCUCGCGGGAUUUUCUCCAUUACUCGCCCUAUUGAAAGAACACAUCACGCUGAAGACACAGAAACUGUUCCCAGAUCCGUAGCUGGUUGGGAAGGGUGGGGGAGAUGACGUCAAAUUUGGGCCAACUUUCCUGAUGAGAGAGAGAGUUUGGGAGAAUGGCUGCCCUGUGAGUUCUGCUUUACAUACAGACAUAAUUCGAACGGUUUUAGAAGCUUUAGAGUGUUUUCUAUUCAAUAAUAAUUAUUAUAUGCAUAUAUUAGCAAUUUUGGACAGAUUUUUUUUCUGUUUACUAUGGGCACGCAAUUCCUCCAAAGGGGGCAGUAUUGUCCUGAGCCUUAGUCAUGGGAUAAGUGUGUAGAGUUUUGAAAACCGUGUUCAAGCAAUGAAAAACGAACUAGAGUUUGGUCCACAUGAACUGCUGUUGUGCACACUGUAGUUAGAGUUUUGCACAUGUGACUCCAGUUGUGUCCACUGUCGUUUAGCAAUCGAAAGAAACUGUAAAUAACAUUCUGGCUGGUUUUGCCGUGAAGUUUCUCCUUUAUAUGAUUCCCUUGAACAAAUAAUGCCAAAGUUACUGAAGAGAUUUUAACAUAGACAACAUGUAGCUGAAAUUCCCUAAGACCUCAAAUUUUCAUAUCAAAUAAAAACAUUAGUGUCAAAUAUUCAGCUCUUGAAUUGUCUCUCUAUCCUUUGUUUGUAUCAGAUUGCAGUUCAGAGUGACUGUUACCUUCUAUAAUGAUACAUGAUGUUUCUUAGUUUUGUUUUUGGUGGGGACAUGAAUUUAUGGACAAGUAAACAGGUGAAAUGUAAAUGAUAUUUCUAUAGCCUGUGUAGAUUAGAAAUUGAGCUGUUUAACGUAUGAGAUAUGCGUAGUUAAAUCAGUGUUGUAUUUGUUUGGCUUUAUUGUAAAUAUUAGUAACAGAUUUUUUUGAAAAUGGAUGUUUAUUUGUAAGCGAUCCAUGGAUUUCAAUCUCAAAUGUGCAAUAACAACCAGAAUGAAGUUCUUAUUUGCCAUUUCAGCUUCACAAGUUACUAGGGAUUAACGGUGAACAACACCAAGUCAUAUAACAUAUUCAUCACAAGAUGAUGCACUACACUACAGAGAUCAUACUCAGCUGUGUGUUGUCAGUUAAGAGCCUAUUACCUGCUGAGAACCACAACUACCUUAUUGGUAGAGAAUUAGCUACACAGCAACACGAGAAAAACUCUGUAUUGUCUGUUGAUCAUCAUGACUCAAUUUGCUGUAGUUUAUUGUGAUGUAGUUUAUCAAGCUUAUUUGACGGUCUUUAUGAUUUAUGAUUUCAUUUCCUCGUUUUAUAUUGUUUGAAGUCUAGUCUCUAUGCAGAUGACUUCAACAGAUGUGAAUGUAUAUAUAUUUUCUGUGAAGAAAUUAUGAAAUUCUUAGUAAGAAUGUUAUUGUUACUGAUUUAAACUUUUUAUUGUUACUGAUUUAAACCUUCUGUAAACGUAAAUUGUUCUAUUGAAUAUUGUAUUAAAAUAAAGAUUUAAUUUAACAAA